GAUAAACACAGGUUACAGGAUAAAAAAGUGAUCAGAUACACCUGCUAGCUAGAGAUUAUAAUCUAAAGGGAAUCCGAAGCUUGUGAUUUAGUAACAUAGCUUAUUACUCUUAUAUCUGAACAUCCCAGCCCUGAAUACUAGGCUAUGUCAAACCAUGGGUAAAUUAGAGACAUAAUGUAUAUGGUGUUCUAUGUGGGCUGGUAAACAUGAAUUCCAAGGCAUGAAACUGUAAAAUCAAACAACCCAAGGAGAUAAUACAGACAGCAAAGAACCAAUUGACUCAUGACAUAUGAUAUGUUUUGCCACUAGAGGAUACAGUGGGAGGAAAUUCAUAUUCCACACUUUAACUCAACUUCAUUGACAAGCAGAGCAUUAAGUUAAUGGUAUGGAAACAGUGACCCCUGAUAGUACAUGCUGUGGUAAAGAGGAUAUGGAACGUGCAUAAAUACAACUGAAUCACAUAGUCUUGUUCCCAUCUUCCCUAAUUCUUUUAUUCUUAGGAUUUGUCUGGAGCCUCAGAGAUGACCAGGAUAUUAAAGAUUAACCUACAGAAGGUCUUUUUUACAGAUAGAGAAGAAAAACUUAUUUAUGUUCUGCAACUGGCAAAUUUAAGUAAAGAAAAAGCAAAGAACUGUCUGUGUAUUUCAGUGACUGUCGGCAAUGAUGUGUAUCUCACUUGGCUGCUUGUCAUAGAAGAGAUGUCAGAGAUAAAGUGUGAGAAGCUGCGUUCCUGGAUGUUACAUGAUUUGACUCUUAUUGAUGGGAUUGAUCCCUCAGCUGAUAACCCAGUAAUAAAUAUGCACUUGGAUUCUGAGGUUCUUCACUUGGAGGCUCAUAGCACUGCAUCUAAAUAUGCAUUUCUGCGCUGCUUGUUAAAGAUCAGUGACGAGUACCUUGGACAUGACAUUCCCUGGCAGAACUUUGAUCAUGACUUUGUUGGAAGGAGCAGCUCAUUUCUGGUCCCAGAUGACUUUGUUGUAAUAAUGAAACUGUGCCUAGAUGUACUGAGCUGUGCCUGUGUUCUCAACUGCUUCUAAGGCUAUGGUAAAGGUAUAAAUUAUUGCAGGUAUGGGAUCCCUUAUCCAGAAAUUCAUUAUCC